AGCCUAGUUAACCAGCAAGUGAGUGGAAAAAACUACAACGACCACAAAGCGCUGCUUCGUGGAGCUCCACCCCCUCACUUCCGUGAUGUUCAUGAAGGCACAAGUAGUGAGAGGCGCUGGGAGCGUUUCAGCUCCUACGCUACCUGAUGGGGCGUGACUGAAUUAACGUAUCGGAGAACUUUGACUGUCCCGACCUUGUUUCCCCCCCUCUCUCUCUCCCUUCCUCCCUUCCUUAAUGUGUCUUAACGAAGGAAAAUGGGAGACAAAUACGUGAGAGCCCCGAUCUCUCGCAAAAGAAGGACUACAAUAUCUGGGGGAACAGGGGUGGUAACUUUGAAAGCGGGCAAUGGCAGCAGGUCUGCAGCUGGAGAUAAUAAUAUGACACUGGCAGAUGGCAACAGGAAGAACAGCAGUAGGAGGAAGGAGGAGGACAAGCAGCGUGGAUCUCCCACCAAGGACAAGGACAGAGGCAAGGAGAGGGGCAGGCAUGAAGGUUCAGGCGAUGAACUCAGCUGCCACAAGCUGCAGGAGUCCUUGCUCAGCUCAGCCAGUGGUUACAGUAACUACAGAGGCAUCCUCAACUGGUGUGUUGUCAUGCUGAUCUUGAGCAAUGCUCGCCUCUUCCUGGAGAACCUCAUAAAAUAUGGAAUACUGGUGGACCCCAUCCAGGUGAUCUCUCUGUUCCUAAAGGACCCCUACAGUUGGCCAGCGCUGUGCCUUAUCAUUUUCUCAAAUGUCUUCAUUAUGGCAGCUUUGUACACAGAGAGGAGAUUAUCCGUGGGCACUUUUGGCGAGCGUCUUGGGACCUUCCUUCACCUCAUAAACCUGUCCACCAUCCUGUGUCUCCCAGUGGCCACAGUGCUGUUCGUCAGCUCCAUGACACCAGUGGGAGCCGUGUUCGCCCUGGCCGUCUACACCAUCCUCUUCCUGAAGCUCUACUCCUACAAGGAUGUCAACAGGUGGUGCCGGGACAUCCGUCAGGCCAGGGCGCGUACCCUGGCGAGGUCCCUGUCCUGCCCCACAGUCCAGCGGUUCAAUGGAUCUGCUGUGCAGACUCAGGUGUCUUAUCCGGGAAAUCUCACUCACAGGGAUAUGUAUUACUUCAUUUUUGCCCCAACCCUCUGCUACGAGCUCAACUUCCCCCGGUCACCACGGAUACGCAAGCGCUUCUUGCUGAGGAGGCUGUUUGAGAUGGUUUUUCUCAUGCAGCUGCUGGUUGGAUUGAUACAGCAGUGGAUGGUACCAACUAUUCAGAAUUCCAUGAAGCCAUUCCAGGACAUGGACUUCUCCAGAAUGAUUGAGCGUUUGCUGAAACUUGCUGUCCCCAAUCACUUAAUCUGGUUGAUCUUUUUCUAUUGGUUUUUCCACUCCUCCAUGAACUUUGUAGCUGAGCUCAUGCAGUUUGGGGACAGGGAGUUCUACAGAGACUGGUGGAACUCUGAGACGGUCACUUACUUCUGGGCGAACUGGAACAUUCCUGUGCACAAGUGGUGUCUACGCCACUUCUACAAGCCCAUGCUGAAGAGGGGAGUCAGCAAGCGGGUGGCCCAGGCUGCCGUCUUCCUCGUCUCAGCUUUCUUUCACGAGUACCUGGUCAGCGUUCCUCUGAAGAUGUUCCGCUUGUGGGCCUUCAUGGGCAUGAUGGUUCAGGUUCCCCUAGCCUGGUUUGUGGGCCAGUUUCUGAGAGGCAACUAUGGUAACGCGGCGGUCUGGAUCUCACUCAUCAUUGGCCAGCCCAUCGCUGUGCUCAUGUACGUCCACGACUAUUACGUGCUCCACGUCCAGGGACCAUCAGCAGGGUAAAGGCCAUAGGUGAAUCGUUACAUUCCCCUGGCACAAAAACGUUUCAUUAUCAUUCUUUUUUUUUUAAAUUUUUAUUUUUAUUAAAAUAUGUGUUUUCCUUUAAUUAGCAUUGUAUGACUUCGCCAGACAGGCCUUUCAGGUCCAGAUUUUUUUUCUGCCCGGUGUAACUUGUGCAGAGUUCAAACUCCGUGUGAAUCACCCCAUCAACACUGUCUGGCUGAAGUAAUGUUAAAGUUCCCAUUAAAUGUUUCUUUUGAUAUUUCCUUGAAAUGUACUGUAGUUUCUUGGACAUUUCUGCAAACAUCCAUAUGCAUCCUUUUUCUAUAAAUGAGUAUUUUCAGUGUGUUCUGCGUUGUUCCAUUGCCUUUCAAAGCAUCUCGGUGUGUGUUGUGUUUUUUUUUUUUUUUUUUAUAGGGCAUCAUGUUACGCCUCAUGUUGCAUUAAUAGCCGAGCCAAUGACAUUGUUUAAACUGUAUCCACAUUUGUUUUCAUUUUCCUUCAACUUUGCCAGAAUACUGUACAGUAUAAUCGCUGCACUUUUUACAGACUAGUUUUUGCAAAGA